GCCAACAUGCGUUCAACAAUCAGUAUUUUCCUUUUGGUCCUGUUUUGCUGCUGCUGUUCCUGGAGUUCGGCCAAACUCUUUGACGAUGAGUUACGCGAAUUAACCGAAUUUUUGCGGCUGCAAAUGCGUUGUGGCUAUUCUGAUAGAGGAGUACCAAUUCUAGCUCCUGCCCAGGCGGCCUAUAGAGAGAUUAAUACCAAAACUGAAAAUUUUGGCUGUCAAGGAAAUUUCACUGAACUGCUUGUGGAAGGUCUGGAUAGUUUUGAUUUUGCUAGAUUGGAAUGGAAUAAUAUUUUGCAUACCAUCAAAUUUGAUAUUAAUUUCGCCAAGUUGGAUGUCACUAGUGACAAUUAUAAACUCGAUCUAUUGGGUCGUCUGUUUGGAGCAGAUUUGUCCCUCUGGGGUGAUGGUGAAUUUGCUUUGAAACUUACCAACUUCCGGGGAGUUGGCAGUUUUGUAAUACGCCCCAAUUCAUUGACAAGUGGUGUACAUAUCAAGAGUUGGAAAGUAGAUUGGUCAGUGGGUGAGGUUACAUCUCAGACCACAGGCAUUAUGAAUAGCCGUAUGUACACGAAAUUCGUUAAUGCUUUCGUUAAGGAUUAUUUGGAACUUUUGAUCAAUGAUAACCCCACCGAGAUAUCACAAUUCAUGGAAGAGUUGAUUGUGCCCUCUGUAAACGAGGUACUUCAAUAUAUCAGCUGGUAUGAGAUUACGGCUAUCAUAUUGGGUUUAGCCGAUGGCAUACUACCUGUUGAGCCCAUCUGUUAGACCAGGUGUUUAAAAAUUUUACAAAAAAUUAUGACUCAAUGCAAAUAAAGACGAAGAAAGGUAUUUACAGUUUCUUUAUACUUUCUAGUUAUAAUCAAA